UAUUUUGUAUUGAUUGAUCAAUGUUGGUUGGGAGAGGGUGAAGUCAUAGCGGAAAGCGAAUCAUGUUUUGAAUAUUCGUCUCAAAAAGAGAGAAAAUCACGGCUGCUUAGGGAAAGAAUGUUAAUCGGGUCCACCUUGAAGGUGGGGAAUAACUCAAUUGAUGCAUUUCCUUUUCCUCCGUGUUAAACUGCAGUCAUUAUUUGUCUUGGAGCAACAUCCCAAGAAAAAUGGCAGGAUUAAUAGUACUGCAUCAAAUCCCACCUUUUUCAAUUCAGUGAUGCUAACUGUCUUUUCCUAACUGCUUUUUAUCUGAUGUAAACUUUUUUAGGGGUUUCGGGGUCUCUAAAGAGUGUUGUUUUCUUAAACUGGAUACAUUUCAAAAUGAAAAUACCAUUGUAUCAGAAAAUCUCAGAGAAAGCCAAUGUGGUACCUGGUCCAAGUAUUGGGAAUGCUUCGUGCUCAGUAAAACAGAAUAAACAGUUUUAUGAGAUUGAAAACUCAAUAGAAAUUCAUCUGAAAAGUAGUCGUGCAGUGAGAAGAUUUAUUAUACCAAUUUUUAUACUAUCAUGGCUUUCAAUGCUCCUCAUUCUUCUAUUUGUUCUUAACACUCUAAGAUAUCAAAUAGAGAGUCAGCAGGUUGAGAUGGAAAGUUUAAAAUUUAAGAUCAAUAAUUUGAACCAAGAAGUAUUGUCUCUUAAAAAUUUAGCAGAAGCUACUGAUCCGCGUCCUAUAGAUGGGACAAAGCACGAGAUCAAAAGCGAAAGUCGAUUGGAAACCACCUCUCUUAUGACUUUGAAUGAAGUUAGCACAUUCUCGAGAAAGAAACGAGAUACAUCUGAAGAAGCAAAGGAUUUCAAGAAUUUGAAACCAUCUGGAAGAAAAAUAAAAGCCAGUGGUUCAGGAAGAAACAGUAAACAGUUUCGUACUCAUAGGAGGAAUAAAAUUCAGCAGGCACAACGCUUAUGUCAGUGUCAGAAGUGUCUCAGAGCCAAUAACACCAAUUUUAGUGAUUUCCAGGCCAUUCAUCUUAAAGGUGCUCAUCCAGAAACUGUUGUGGAAUCUGGCCAUGUUGGUCCUUGGUUUGUAGAUUCCAAGGCUGUGGCAGAUAGCAAAUUGUCAUCUUCUUUUCAAUUAAGAGAGGAUGGGCAGAGCAUUGAAAUAAAAUCUUCGGGCUUAUACUUCAUUUAUGCUCAGGUGUAUUAUCUUACUUCACAUGCUUUGAAUAGUUUCACCAUAAAAUUACUUCCGAAGGAUUCUGACAGUCCAACAACUCUGGCAUUCUGUAGCAGCACCACAGUUGCAGACAAAUCAACUUCAGAAAUAAGCUGUUAUACUGCAACUGUUCACACUUUGCAAGCUGGAGACCGUAUACAUGUACAACAGCGUGAGAAACACCGUAGGCUUAUUAUGAGACCUGGCCAUUCUUUCCUUGGUCUUGUUAAGUUAGGUGUUAGCUAAGUCAUAAAGUAAUAUUCUUGAAGCUCCUCAUUUUUCUGUUUGACUGACUAAUAAUAGCCCAUCCAUAAACAAGGCUGUGGUAGACUACAGUAUUUUUGUGAAAAUAUGUUCUUUUGAGUAAAAACAGGUUUUUUUACAAAUUUUUUUGAGAUGUUUGUCCAUAUUAAUAGCCACAAGUUACCAAAAAAGGAAAAGUUUAACUUCAUAAAAAGACUUUGUGGGAUACAAGAUUGUCAUAAUUACUUUAAGUUUUGCAUUAUAGUGUAGUGAUGUGUACUUAGACCUCUGUAUUGUUUAAUUUCUUUUAGAAUAGAUUAUUAUUUUGUACUCUUCAAUCAAUGUGAUAUGAGCUGUCUUGUCUCUGCUGCUCUGAAAUGUGCCAUAUAGUGCAAACACCAGGUGUUAGUUAUGUUCAACAAAAAGUUCUGAAUUCAAAUUUAGCGGUAGGUAGGGUCGUGGAUGGGCGGCAGAAGAUUGUGAAGUCCUCUUUUUUAAAUGAUUCUUGUCAAACCUAAGACAUUUGCUGGGAUCAUUUUUAAUUUCGAAGUAGCAUUCUUGUAAGAGCUAGAUCAAGUUCUCAUCAGCGUGGUGUGUUCAAUCAAACAUGUGUGUAUUAUAAAUUUUCUUGUAUUAAAACUCAAGUACCUGAUACCUGUUUGCGUUUUACAUGUGCCCUUACCUUUGCACGGUAUGCUGUAGAGAUAAAAGUCACCUUUAGUGUAAACCAGAGACCCUGGUAUGUAUUUGUAAAACAAAAAUUGGCCUUGUCAUUAGGUUGAAUCCUUUCCAUCAUGUCUGUAUCCAUUUAUGUAUUCUGAAAUAAAAGUGCCCUCUUAAAUAAAAAACUCAAACCCAAA